AUGGAUUUGCUACCAGCCACUCUCUUGCAGCAGAAGUUGGACUAUUACCUGCACCAUCCCGGUCUACUUGUUCCUGAAGUCCGCAAGGAGUUUGAGGCUUUGAAACUCAAGUUCCCAGAUAUUAUAUGCCGUUUAACGAACAUGAACACGAGUCUUAGAGAUCAGAAUGUAAGAGCCUGGAGACAAGCACUUAAAGAUUUGGAUGACAAGGUCGAUGAUAUUAUGAUAUUCAUCCUGAGCUUGAUGAGGUCACCAUUAAUUUUGGGGUUCGGCCAUCAUCAGCUUCCCUUUAUAUUCCGACGAUUCCAUUUAAAGAAGCAGUUAAUGGAAGUGCGUCGGUUAGGUGAACAGAUCCAAAAUAUUCAGACAGACCGCACUCCAUCUGUUCCUGAUAAUGCCUGUAAGAGUAGUACUCAAGCCAAAGAACGGAGCUCAACCUCGUUGGGUUCCAGAAGUUAUGGAGUAAGGCCAUCAGCGUAUGAAAUGACGGGUGGGAGAAUCACAAAGCCUAUCCAUGCUGACACUGCGAAUAGGAUUGAGGAUUUGUUACUGAAUCAUAGAGACGAAAGAUUCAAAGUGGUUGGUGUGAUAGGGAGAAAGGGUAUUGGGAAGAGCAGACUGGUAACGCAUGUAUACAAGGAGAAAGUAAGGAAAUAUUACGACUGCUACGCAUGGAUUUCAAACCCUUCGUCUUUCCAACCUGAGAGUACCCUUCGGGAGAUGAUACGCCAAUUCUACUUUGGAUCCCCUCCCUACACAUUGGAGACGAUGGACCAAUCGACCUUAUUAUCGGCAAUGGAUAAAUGCUUGGAUGGGAAGCGAUUCCUAUUGGUUCUUGAUGGUGUUUCAGACUUGGAAAUUUGGGAGAGCGUUAUAUUCCCUGCUUUCCCUUUCGGUCGUGAUCAACUGGCUCGACCUAGCCCGAAAAGUAGUUUCCUCCAUGAUAGGAUUGUUUUCGCAGGUAAUUUCCUCCAUGGUAGGAUCGUUUUCACAAGUAGUUUCUCACAUCGUAGGAUCUUUGAGGUGGUCAAGCAAGUCUAUGUCCAAAUCCGCCUUAACCCCUUGUCGCAAGAGGAAGCAUGGGCUAUAUUCUGCCAAUUGGUGUUUCCAGAAACACAGCCUCCCGGAACUUGUCCACCGGAGCUAGAAAAUAUGGCAAGAAGGAUCACACAAAAAUCAGGUGGUUUGCUUUCUGUGAUCCAGCUGCUUGCUGGGGUCUUGAGGCAGGGAAAGAGCAGCCCAGCUGCUGAAGUUUGGGAAAAACAUCUUCGCCAAUUGGAGGAAUUAGAUAAAUCUUUUUAUAGAGAUGAUACAGUAGUCAAAGCAAUAAUAUUGCUCAGCUACGCUGCAUUGGCUUUACCUCUUAAAUCAUGCUUCUUAUAUUUCAGUAUUUUCCCCAAAGACGAUGAGAUUCCAUUGAAGAGGGCCAUUCGGUUAUGGAUAGCUGAGGGCUUGGUGGAGGAAACUCCAGAGAAAACAGCGACAGAAGCUUCUAUGGCCUACUUACAAGAGCUCAUCGACAGAGAAUUGAUCCAACCGGGAAAUCUUGAUGUUAAAGGAGAUGUGAAAUCUUUUAAAUUUGAUGAUCAGGUUCGCAGAGUAGCUCUUGAUAUCAUUAAUGGAUCCCACGAGCAGCAGCUGUGCUUUGUCGAUCAAGCCACAGACAAUAAUGGAUCAUCAUCAUCAUCAUCAUCUGGAUCAACUACUGCAGCAGGUAUGCCAACUUUGCGUCUCCUUUCCAUUCGAGAUGAGGAUGUUGAAGACAUAACAUCAAUGCAUAAAAAUAAUAAUGCUGCUUCACGGGUACGCUCUUGCAUCAUAUCUGGAAUGGGUAAGUUACAAUCCUCAAUAAUUAUGCAUCGAUGCCUUUCGAGAUUUCAACUCUUACGAGUGUUGGACUUGGAUCUCCAAGGCUCAGAGAUCAAAACCUUACCCAACAGUUUGGGUACUCUAGUUCUUCUAGUAUAUCUAAGACUGAAGGGCUCAAAGCUCAAGGAGGUUUCUGCCUCUGCUCUGAAGAAUCUCAUCUGUUUGAAAUACCUGGGGUUGAGGAGAACUGGAAUUAGAGAGCUUCCAGCUGCUUCCUUGUUGCAGCUGAAGGAACUACACACCUUGGAUGUAAGAGAAACAAAGCUGAGGAGAUUGCCUUGUUGCGUGUCCCAACUUCUUCAACUGCGGCACAUAUAUCUUUGUAGUUCUUUUAGAAGAGAAGUCGUGGAGAUGCCACUAAUAGGAAAGGAGACUGAUGAUGAAGAACGACCACCACUCCAACUCCAAACACUUGCGGGUGUGAGAGCUACUACCAACUUGAUAGAGGAACUAGGAAGGUGGACCCAACUCAGAAAACUGUCCAUGGGAAGACUAGCAGAAGCUGAUUCUGAAAUGUUUUGUGCUUCCAUUGACAAGAUGAACUUCCUCCGAUCACUAUCAAUAAGAUGUGGGAAAAAAGAGAGCCUACGUAUGAGAUUUUUGGGACGCUCCAAUACCACCCUCGAUACACUAAGGAUUGGAGGUUCGGUUGAGGCCUUAGACUCUGCUAUAAAAUGCUUCCCAUCCCUCUGUCGCUUAUACUUGUGGGACAAUCUCUUAACAGAUGAUCCUUUUCCAAUGCUACAAGGGCUUCCUAACCUCAUGGUCCUCAGCCUGACUAACACUUUCAAAGGAAAGAAAAUAAUUAGCUGUGAUACUGGUGGUUUCCCCAAGCUAAAGAGACUGUCCAUCUUCCAGCUGAGAAAUCUAGAGCAUUGGCAAAUAAACGGAGGAAUGCAAAAGCUCGAGUUUCUUUCCUUUGGGCAUUGUCCGAAUUUGAAAAAGCCGCCUCAAGACCUUAAAAACCUUCCUAGUCUCCAUCUUGUGAUAGUUGCAGGAAUGGACGAGGAUUUUAACGAGAUGAUGGAGAGGAUUGGCAAAGAGUCCAAAGCUAGUUUCAAGGUCCGUCACAUUCCAUUAUUCAAGCAUGAUUUCAGAGCCACCGAGCAAAAGCCUGGGACAAAGCUUGAAGAAGUUUCAGAGGCUGAUGGUCUAGAGGAUCCCUGCCGACGUCUUCCAGGGAGGUACAUGACACUUCUAACAGAAUGUCGAACAAUUCUGGCUCAAAUGAGGAAAGUUUGCCUUCAGCAUCGGCUUUGUGAAGAAAAUUGGGCAACAAAUUGGCUCGCAAUUCAAGCUGCGUCCAUAAACUAAUCCUGUCUCUGUUUUGUUCCAGUUCCUAUUUCUUUUGCCGAACUUAUAUGUGGUGAUGUACAUGGGUUCCCUAGAGUCCAUUUAC